AUGGACGGAAUCCGAGAGAUUUAUCAGGCCAGCCGAGGCCCUGAGCUUGGAACGUUCGGUGGUACCGUCUUGUCUUCCGUGUUCUUGCAGCAGUCGGAGAAGUGGGAACCGUUGACGCUGCUGCACAUGAGCAGAGCAAUCGUGCUGGUGCACGAUUACAUCAACGCCUUGCUUGAAAUCCUUUGCCCUGAGGAAGAGGUGUGUGCGCAGCUCUGGCAGGGUUUCCUUGUGGACCGUCUGGUGCAGCAGUACCGCCAGGCGAUCUCCCACGCGCGCUUCUUGCUCGGCGUCGAGAGGAACCAGCCGGCGACCUUCAACCACUACUUCAACGACAUCUUGCAGAAGAAGCGCAGCGAUCGCUUCACAAGCGCGAUGGAGAAGCUGGCUGUCAACUGCACCAAGAACGACGGCACGAGCUCCAAAUACGUCCCGGUCAACCAGCUGCGCAACGGCGCAGAGAACAAGGACAACGAGGAGCAGGUGUGCGAGGACGUGCUCGACACGUUCACCAGCUACUACAAGGUGGCGCGGAAGCGCUUUGUCGACGUCGUCUACCAGCAGGCCAUCUGGCACUACCUGUUGGCGGACCCUGAGGGUCCGCUCAAGGUGUUCGACACGGACAUGGUGAUGCGGCUCACCGACGAGCAGUUGGAGGAGAUUGCGGGUGAGGACGAAGAGUCAAAGCAGCAGCGCGCCACUCUGUCCCGAGAGGUUGAGAGCCUCAAGGCUGCGCUUAAAGUCCUUCGGUCUUGA